GCCUCCGAGUUCUGUCAUGGCAGCGUCCAGUUCUCAAGCUGAUGUGAAAGGACGGGAUGCUAGGGUUCUUGUCAGCGCGACAAGCGGGUUUAGAAGACCCUCUUCGCCUCCGGAGAGCAGAGUCCACACGGAGGGUUUUGGGACUGGAGUUAAACAAAGACAGAGAUGUUGAAAGGAUCCAUUGCAGUGGAGUUAACACCCUUGACAUUGAGCCUGUUGAAGGGAGAUACAUGUUAUCAGGUGGUUCAGAUGGUGUGAUUGUGCUUUAUGAUCUUGAGAACUCCAGCAGACAACCUUAUUACACGUGUAAAGCAGUGUGUUCCGUUGGCAGAAGCCACCCUGAUGUUCACAAAUAUAGUGUGGAGACCGUACAGUGGUAUCCUCAUGACACUGGCAUGUUCACAUCAAGUUCAUUUGAUAAGACUCUGAAAGUAUGGGAUACAAAUACAUUACAAAUUGCCGAUGUAUUUAAUUUUGAAGAAACAGUUUAUAGUCAUCAUAUGUCUCCAGUCGCCACCAAGCACUGUUUGGUAGCAGUUGGUACUAGAGGACACAAAGUACAACUUUGUGACUUGAAGUCUGGAUCCUGUUCUCACAUUCUACAGGGUCACAGACAAGAAAUAUUGGCAGUUUCCUGGUCACCACGUUAUGAACAUAUCUUGGCAACUGCAAGUGCUGACAGUAGAGCAAAAUUAUGGGAUGUGAGGAGAGCAUCAGGAUGCUUGAUAACUCUUGAUCAGCAUAAUGGGAAAAAGUCGCAAGCAGCUGAAUCAGCAAACACUGCUCAUAAUGGGAAGGUUAACGGCUUAUGUUUUACAAGUGAUGGUCUUCACCUACUCACUGUUGGCACAGAUAAUCGAAUGAGGCUCUGGAAUAGUUCCAAUGGAGAAAAUACACUAGUCAACUAUGGAAAAGUAUAUAAUGAUAGUAGAAAAGGAUUGAAAUUCACUGUCUCCUCUGGCUGCAGUUCAGAAUUUGUUUUUGUACCAUAUGGUAGCACCAUUGCUGUUUAUACAAUUUACUCUGGAGAACAGAUAACUAUGCUUAAGGGACACUAUAAAAGUGUUGACUGCUGUGUAUUUCAGUCUAAUUUCCAGGAACUUUACAGUGGUAGCAGAGACUGCAAUAUUCUUGCUUGGGUACCAUCCUUAUGUGAAUCAGUUCCUGAUGAUGAUGAUGAGACUUCAACCAGAUCACAGUUAAAUCCAGCAUUUGAAGAUGCCUGGAGCAGCAGUGAUGAGGAAGGAUGAAUAUUGUUCUUAGUACCCUUUUGUCUCAAUCGAAACUUUUAAAACUGGACUAUUUUAUCUUUUCAGUUGUCCAGUUCAGUUCUGUUCAGUCGGUCAGUCGUAUCUGACUCUUUGCGACCCCAUGGACUGCAGCACGCCAGGGCUCCGUGUCCAUCACCAACUCCCGGAGUUUACUCAAAGUCAUGUCCAUUGAGUCAGUGAUGCCAUCCAACCAUCUCAUCCUCUGUCGUCCCCUUCUCCUCUUGCCUUCAAUCUUUCCCAGCAUUAGGGUCUUUUCCAAUGAGUCAGCUCUUCGCAUGAGCUGGCCAAAGUAUUGGAGUUUCAACUUCAGCAUCGAUCCUUCCAAUUAAUAUUCAGGAUUGAUUUCCUUUAGGAUGGACUGGUUUCAUCUCCUUGCAGUUCAAGGGACUCUCAAGAGUCUUCUCCAACACCACAGUUCAAAAGCAUCAAUUCUUCGGUGCUCAGCCUUCUUUAUAGUCCAACUCUCACAUCCAAACAUGACUACUGGAAAAACCAUAGCCUUGACUAGAUGGACCUGUCUUGUCCAGUGACAGCUAAAUGAGCCGUAAAUUUGAGUGAUUGUUUUCCCUUUUGUCUUAAAAUAAGGUUAAUAUUUGCAUGAAGUCCUAAAACAAAGUUCGGUAUAGUUUACUUAAUGAGAACAUUUUUCCUUAACCCCAGUUGCUAUGGCUUGCUGCAGCCGCUAUAGUACAAGGAGACAGGUUGUGGUAUCCUCUUUGUGGGACCUGAGCAGAUUGUCUGAACGAUAAGAUGCAGUCUUAGAGGAUGAGCAAGCAGAGGUUAUCAGCACUGACUUUCUCCUGCUGGUUGUACAGUCACUUUGUUCAUUUUCACCUUCAGGGGUGAUUUUACUGAGGAUUAUAUCAAAAAUUAUAGUUGAAAAGUUAGAAUCAAAAUUAGUUUAUUUUUAUUAAUAUGUUCAGUUUUUGCAGUGCUUUCAUUUAUUUAACCAUUUUCUAGCUUUAUGUUAAAUAUUUUUUAAUUCAUUGCCUUCCACAAUUGAAAAAAUGCAUUAUAGGUAACUUAGGAAAAAUCCUACAUUUCCUUUAUUUUAAUGCAUCAGAUGGCAGCUUGAACUACUUUUCUAUGAAUCUGGUUACUGUGUGACCAAGUCCUACUGCAUUCAUCAAAGCAGAAAAUAUCCUGUCAGGUAAUUGGGUUUAAACAUGAAAUGUCAUAAAAUUUCUCUUUUUUUGUUGGGGUAUAGCCGAUUAACAUUGUCAAAUGUCAGAAAAUUUCUAUUUUAUUUUCUGCUCUUGUAUCAUAACCCACAAGUGAUUAUCAUGAGCCUAGUCUUAUAUUCCCUUUCUUUCUGAUUCUUAUCAAUAGGAGACUAGUUAAUGAGGUUUUUGUGAGCUUGACCGACUAUACGGUUGAGUUUUUCAAUGUGUAACUGUUAGGCCUCAUAUCAGACCUUUCUGGCCAAAUGUUUUCCUUACGUUUACUUUAUAGUUGCAUCCUUUUAAAGCCCUGACCAUUUUACUCUCACUUUUUCUCCUCUUAGUGGGGAUUCUUAUAACCUUUGAGAAUGCUGUUGAAAUUGGAAUUUUUUUUUUUUUAAUUUUAAGAAAGAAGAAGUCUUUCUACAAACUGCAAAUACUGUAUAGAUAACUGGCUACAUUUUUAAAAGAUCCAUCUGCUGGGGAUGAGGAAUGUUAGCCCUCCUAGUGCCGUGGACAAGUCUAAUCCACUGACCGGGCAGUGCUGACAAGCAUUGAGGCCAUACUAGUACCUAGUGUCUGUGACGUUAUAUGUUCCUAUAGGCGUCCAUUAACCAUUUCCCUUUCCCCCUCUGAGCUUUUCUGAGUCAAAUUUCAGCCUGUUCCUCAAAGUAGUAAGAGAUGACUCCACCUGAACACUUGCUUAGGUGUUGUAGGCCAUUUGUGGGUUUGAUAUGAGGGCCUUCUCAGGAGAUCAUGGCUUCCUACAAACACUAUUGUUCAGGUCACAAUCUUCUCUGCCAUGCCUGCUUGCUGCUGUCACAAGCAACUCAUUCCCCAACCUAGUAGGGUGUAUGAGGUCCCUUGCCCAGAGACCUGUGUCUCAAUGUUUAAUGAAAAGGAGGAGAAAAGGAAAGGAGCCCCCGGUUCCAGCAUGCCCCCCCAAAAAACCCUGAGGAGUUGAUCCAAUUAAUGUUAAAAAUGCAAAGCACUUGAUCCAUGUACAUGGGCUCUCCUAAGAGCUGCUACUUAGCAAUAUGCAAGGAGUCUCAGACGCAAAUGUAAAAGAUAAGCUGAUGCCACCGUUGCUUUUCUAGAUAUAGACACUAGCCCCGCUAAAGUUGAUUAGGACACCCUAGAGAAGGGGCACUGAUCACAGAGAGGCUGCUAGGGACCAACAGGCGCUUAUCAGGUAAACACCGAGAAGAAAACAAUGGAAAAGUUUUAGUCAGCUAGAGAGGUAAGUCUUUCUGUAAGUUUUUUAAAAAAAGGUGGCAUUGUGAGAAAGGGACUGAUUAUUCCUUGGACAGGGGCAAUCCCAGGGAUAGGUUAACGAGAAGCACCUGACCCCUUCAGCCUCCCUCUUUUCCUCUUAACAGCCAGAAAAAGUAAAGACUGUACCUUCAGGGUACAAAAAUCUAAAACAGGAAGAGAACAGAAAAACUGACUGUCACUUUAGGUGGCUACAGCCCAGGGGAGAAAAAAGAGGGAACUUUAAAUCUUAGGUAUAAGCAAGCGCCAGUUUAGCAAACAAUGCUAACUCUAGAUUACUGAUUUAAAAGCAAAAACAGAUAAAAGGUAAUUGAAUAAUAUAUACAUAAAUAUUAAAACAAAGCUUUUAAUUUGAUCCAGUUGGAAAUCCAAAAUUUAUAUACUAAAUGAAUAUACUAAAGAGUUUGUAUAACAAAAAGUUAAAAUGGUAACUUAUGUUGGAUUACUACAGCAUUAACAACAUCCCACCCAUUGGGGGCCCCCAUACUCAAUAUCCAGUAUUAUUUCUUUUAAAUUUUAUUGAAGUAUAGUUGAUUUACGAUGUUGUCUUAAUUCCUGCUGUAACAGCAAAGUGAUUCAGUUAUAUCCAUAUAAAUAUUCUUUUUCAUAUUCUUUCCAUUAUGGUUUAUCACAGGAUAUUGAGUAUAGUUCCCUGUAUACUACAGUAGGACCUGUAUUUUAUCCAUCCUGUAUAUAAGAGUUUGUAUCUGCUACUCCCAGACUUCUCCUCUCCCUCCUCUACCCACCUCCCCUUUGGCAACCACUUGUCUGUACUCUGUGCCUGUGAGUCUGGUUCUAUUUUGUCCCUUCGUAUGCUCAGUUGUGUCUGACUGCUUGCAACCCCUUGGACUACAGCCCGCCAGGCUCCUCUGUCCUUGAAAUUUUCCAGGCGAGAAUACUUGAGUUGGUUGCCAUUUCUUUCUCCAGGGGCUCUUCCCAAGCCAGGGAUCAAACCUGCAUCUCUUACAGCUCCUGCAUUGGCAGGUGGCUUCUUUACCACUGCACUACCUGGGAAGCUUAUUUUAGAUUCCACAUACGAGUGGUGUCAUAUAUUUCCUAUCUCUUUCUGACUUUGCUUACUGUGAUAAUCUCUAGGUCCAUCCAUAUUGCUGCAAAUGGCAUCUCAUUCUUUUGAAUAGCUGAGUAAUAUUCCAUUGUGUGUGUGUGUAUGGCAUAUCUUCUUUAUCCAUUCAUUUGUUGAUAGACUUUUAGGCUGUUUCUGUGUCUUGACUAUUGUAAAUAGUGCUGCUAUGAACAUAGAGGUACAUGUAUCCUUUCGAAAUAUAGUUUUGUCUGGGUAUAUGCCCAGGAGUGGAAUUGCAUAUGGCAGUAGAGUUGCCUUUUUUAGUUUGUUGAGGAAACUCCAUACUGUUUUCCAUAAUGACUGCACCAGUUUACAUUCUUACCAGCAGUGUAGGAGGGUUCCCUUUUCUCCACAACCUCUCCAGCAUUUAUUUGAAGACUUUUUAAUGAUGGUCAUUCUGAACAGUGUGAGGUGGUACUUCGUUGUAGUUUUGAAUAUUUAAUAUUAUUGAAAUUCCUGAUUCUAUUCCGUCAACAACUGGUAAAUAUCUUGCCCCUGAAAAUGUGGCUAACAUGUUUUGUUCAAUGCCUAUUUCACCAUCCUCUAACUGCUCUUUGCCUUCACUUCAAACAGACACAAUAAACCUUUUCCAGACUGUCCAUCCUCAGCAGCUUUGCCGUCACACAGUCUUGGCAGACAGGAUCUCAACUGCAUCCACCUUCUUCCAGGAGCAGAGGUGUGGGUUUACAUUAAUUGCAUCCUCCUCCAAGGAUAUUCCUUUGAUAUACAUUUAAGGGAUACAGGUCUAACAUCUUUAAUACUUUUGGGGUUCUGAUGGCAAAAAAUAUUCUUUCUUUACAAAUUUUAAUACUUCCAAAUUAAAGUCAACAGGUAACGCCUGUUAGUGCCCUGAAGGACUCUUUCACCAGGGAAAUUUUGGUAACCUCUUGUCAUACCUCUCGGAAUCGCUAGACCACUUAGGAUGGAUAUGUUACCCAAGGGCUUCUGAGGCAAGAAACUGCCCCUCUUAGCUCCAUACUGUGCUUCUUUAGAAAAACAACAAAUGAAGUACAUGCUGAGCUCUUUGGAAAAUAGAAGCUCUGAACCUAUGAUUUUCCAUACCAACUGCUUGUUAAACAUUGGUCAUAGAAAUAAUACACCAGAAACGUGGCAUAGCUACUAAGGCCUCUUAGUCAGGCCUCAUAGAGCCUCAUAGAGCAUGGAGCCAAACCUGAGCUCUCUGGUGUAUUCCACCUGCAGAAGGAGGUGGUGUCUGCUGUCAUCAAUCCCUUGCUAAAUGCCAUGGUGCUGGAGAAUAUCACCCCUCCCCCAGUCCACUUGGCUGCUCAGAAUCCACUAGGUACUAACUGAAUGAGCAGCAGUGGAUGUUUAUAGACUAUGCAAGUGGCCCUGGCAACCAUCACACAUGAUGGAGCUCAAUGGAAUGUUGCUGCUUUCCAUCUCUUAGCCAGGAUGUCCCUAAUGAAUGACGGAACCCAAGAAACAACACACUCAGCCAAACUGCUGGCCAACAAGUAGCCCCAUUUCACAUUUAUUAUGAACUGUUGGGUCAUUGCCUAAAACUGUCCCCUUAAGGGAGAAAAAGCUAACAAAACUUGGGAGUGUCUAGCCUCACAGAUACCCAAAAUAUAAAUCACAACCACACAUCUCCAUAUAAUAUUUAUUGAGGCCAUAAUACACAAUAUAAUGUACUCCAAACUAUCAGAGUUAUAGAUAUAAGUGAUAAUAACCAAGAUACACAUUUUACUUCUCUAUAAAAUACAUGGUGCUAAUCUCUUGAAAAAAGUAUUCAAUAGAACUUUCACGUCCCUCAAAGGUACCAAAUAGCCAGUUUAAUUAAGAGAUGUAAUGGUCUCACAUGGCUCCUUUUCAAGUUCCAAUCAGGUAAAUGGACCCCUAAAUGGGUCUGUAUCUUGCUCUAGGCCUUCACUCAAGGCUAUACACCUCACAUCAACUUUUAAAAAUUUCCCAACCCCCUUAUAUUUAAAGGGGAUGUGCAUUGCCUUCAUGUAUACAAAGACUCAUUUUAUAUGAGGCCCUUUUUAUAGUGUCUUCCCAUAUCUUUAUAAAUUUUUUAUCAUUCCCUCAUCCCAGAAGGGCUGGAAGCCAUAUCAAGGGGCCCAUUAGCCAGACUGUCCAUACACCAGACAGCUGUUCAUCUGAUAGGGAACCUAUUAGAGCCUAAACUUCCACCAAAAACAAAAGCCCUGUCAGUGCAGCUGCAUGUGUUUUCUGCUGACGUGUCUUAUUGCUACUAGUCUAUGUGCUUUCAUUCAUUUACGUCUAAAGGCCCAAAUCCUCUAAAUAAGCCAUAGUUUCAACCAAACAUGGCAAAUGUGAGUCUCACAUUCCCUCAAGUGGAUACCCUCUUGGAAAGGAUACCCUAAUCCCACCUCCAAGAGGACAUCUCCUAAACUGAGACCUCGCCCAUUGGAGAUGACUUCAUCCUGACACUAAAACCUCAGCUCCAUCAACAUACAUGGGGUUGCACAAAUUGGACACAAGAGAUUCUUACUAGGGAUCCCAUUACAUCUCUUGAGUUUACUGUCUGCUUAGCCUGUGAUCCUACUUGUUCUCUGCCAAAAGGUACACCCCCCACUCCUGUGCCUAGAGAAGAAUCUGGUAGAUGUCAUUGCUAUCAGUGUUUUAAAUAUUAGUGGAGACUGUUGCUUUCCCUGAAAGCAUUUGCCUCAUAUUAGUCAAAUCCUUUAACACUCUGGGGAGAGGACCACCGAGUUCCCAAGGCCUUUUCUUGCUCUCAGCUCGUGUGUCUCAUCAUGCUCACCACAACCACUCUUUCUCCUUGGUUAUGCACAAUCCCACUAAUCUUACAUAUACUUUACUAAUGUGUUAAGUCAUAUUGCCCAACAGAAUAACUGCUGGACCUGUCAACUUGAGAGAUGUACAUAUCAUAUGUACUUAUUAUAUAUAUAUACAAAUAGAUAUUAUCAUACAUUUAGCACACUUUCCAACUCCACUUAGAUACUGUUGAAAAAAAAAAUCUUCAACUGCAGCAUUCUUUCUCUUCAGUCUAUACUAAAAAGCCCCAUUUCAAAUAGAUAAAAUCCUUUAAAGAAAGCCCUGAAGACAAACCCUUAAACUGUACCAGUUGUAUUAACAGAUAAAAUUAGCUUCAAAGUGAGGACUCUCCCAUAUAAAGCCUACUGUUGAUGAGACACAAGAAAACAAAAACCUGUAGCUCUAUUAUUUAAAGUCUCAAUGAGACAAUAAUAGAAAAAGCUUGUCUCAACAAGCUAAUCUCAGUUAUCCUUUAAAGAAAAGUCACUAUCUCAUAGAUUAGAUAUUAAACCAAAUGACUGCAUAGUUCUAACUCAAUAGUUCAUCACUGUUCAGUCAUAUCCUAAUACCUGGUUGUUUCUAUAAAAGUGAUUAGCUAUGGAAGAUUAGAAAAGGGAAAGAUUUCUGUAAGUUAUAAUUUUUAUAAAUGUAUUGAUAAAUUUUCUUUCAAUGUAAUUUUUUCUCUAUAUUCACAUCUAUUUACUGAGCCUGUAUUUUAAAACUCUUGAAUAUCAUUAGGACAGUAAACUUAAAAUCAUUCAAAUCAUGCCAGAAAUGAAAUUGGCGCAAAGCCUGGCAUGCUUGAGAUUUUUCCUUUCAAAAAGUAUAGCAGGGAAAGCUAAUUGCAAAAUAGACAAUAAUCACUUUGUAUAAUGAAGAAGGGUCUAGACAUCUGAAAGAUAAAUCUAUUGCUAGGAUAGAGUUUCUUCUUCUGUUUUAGCUCUGCAAAAAAUAUUACAUUUAAGGGACAAACAGUUCAGUAAUGAAUAUGGGUUUUAUUUGCAAAAAAUAUAUAUGGUCUUGUGCUGCCUAGAUUGCUGUAUUAAACCCUGGUGCCAAAAAUUCAUAGCAAGUCAUUUCUGGGAAGGCAAGCUUGUCUGUCUUAGAAUAUCAGCAACAUCCUCAAAUACAGGAGGUAUGGUUCUUUGCUGCCAUCUAGUUCCUUCCUUUCUGCUUUUUAAAAACUGGACAAUUAGAAAAUAGAAAAAAAAAAAAAAACACUAAGGGAAAUAAUAAAAAACAACUGCCCUGUGACCUCUGUAAUUCUGUGUGUGUGGAGUCUACAAAUGCCCUGUAUGCUCCUGACAAAUCAGUCUUGUUUAUCUUUUAAGAGAGUACUCAUAAACUUUGUGCUACUGGGUUAAUACAGCUGUCCCAGUCUGUGCUCUCCCUAAACUUGGAACUAAAUAAAUGUCACAAGCUUAA